CAUGAGCCGACUCUGCCUCUCCGUCGCCCUUCUCGUCCUCCUGGGCACCCUGGUGACCUGCGCCCCGGGGGGUAAAUACAAGGGCCGUUUCAGAGACCCCCCGCCUGCCUUCUGCCUGGAGCCUCCCUACACUGGUUACUGCAUGGCCAUCUUUAUCAGGUACUUCUACAACGCCAACUCCGGGUUCUGCGAGACCUUCGAAUAUGGCGGGUGUGGCGGCAGGCCGAACAACUUCCUGACAUCAGAGGACUGCAUGAGGACCUGUGGUGGUGCCAUCAGGCCCUGGACACUUAGCACGGUUCCUGGCACAAAGGAGACCGUCCAUAAAUGUUUGAGGAAAGAAAGAAUGAAUGCAGGAGCACAUUCCUCAUGACUGGAGUGACUACGGGGCCUGGGAUUUGAAGCAAGUGUUCUAGUCCUAACCCUCAUCCUCGCUGCAUCCUCACCUUCAUCCCCCUCGCCACCAUCACUAUUCUCCUUGUGGGUAUCGUUGGUAUAAUUUCUGGAAUCUAGUUCUGAGAAUCAGUGAUGGCAGAGGUCUUUUCAUUAAAGAAGCCCCUUUCCCCCACCGCGAUGUUGAACAUUUUCCUAUCUGUCAUUUAAAAUUCUACAUCCUUAUAAUCAAUAAAUUAAUCUCCUAAUUAAGCUAA